CACAGAGAAAUAAAAAUGAAUUAUUCGGAUUACGACUCGGACGGCUAUUCCUCAAAUGAAGAUGAAGACUAUGUCCCUUCUGAUGAUAAUCUGAGCGAGGAUGACAUGAAUGAAUGUGUAAAAGAGGACGCGCUGGAAGGGGAGGAUGAUGAUGCGCAGCAGUCAGAGCGUGUGAAGAAGAAAACUAAUGCAGACAUCCCUAUGAGGAAAAGGAAAAAAGGAGGCCUUAAACUAGAAGAUGAUGUUGAGGGUUGUUCGGCAGACCAACAGAAAGGUGAAGAUGGGUCAAAAGAAAAUAAUUUUGUAACAGAGUUAAAAGAGGGCAAUGAAGAGAAACAGAAGAAGAAAGCAGAUGAUCUUUGGGCUAGUUUUUUGAGUGAUGUCGGCUCUCGACCCAAAGAGGCAGCUGCAAGUACAGGCUCUCAGCAGUCCACAUCUACUACAACUGGCAUUGAUAAGCCAAGUAAACCCCCUACAGUGUCUCAGCAGCAGGAGGACAAACCUAAAGAAUCCUCCAAAAUCACAAUUACCAAGGUGUUUGAUUUCGCAGGAGAAGAAGUUCGGGUCACCAAAGAGGUGGACGCAGACUCACGAGAGGCCAAGAGUUUUCUGAAGGAGGAGAAAGUGCUGAAGGAGAAAGAAGAGUCCUCUGAGCCCCAGCCGUCCGUGCCGCUCUCUACUGCAUCCAGUGCGAAGAGGCCAGCGGGCAUGGGGAGCAUCCUGAAUCGCAUCGGGGCCAAAAAGCAGAAGAUGAGCACUUUGGAGAAGUCUAAGAUGGACUGGGAUGCCUUUAAAACAGAAGAGGGCAUUUCAGACGAGCUGGCAAUCCAUAAUCGAGGCAAAGAAGGGUAUGUGGAGAGAAAGAACUUCCUAGAGCGAGUGGACCACCGGCAGUUUGAGUUGGAGAAGACUGUGCGUCUGAGCAACAUGAAACGGUGACACAAGGAGAGCGCAGAUACAUUCACUGAUCAAAACAGACUGUCCCAAAUUCACACACCCUGCACACAUACUCAGUUUUCUUUGUCAUAAAGG